AUGAGUCGAUUUACAGAAUUUCAACUUGAAAGCAAGAAACUAACACCAGUUGCUGGUUACUGGGCCUAUCGACUUGUUUCUCUUGAAGAAGCAUUGAAUCCUUUCUUGUCCGAAAUUAAUGAACUACAACGUUCCAUAAAAGAAGCCAAAAAGCAUUGCACAUAUCCAUCAGAACAUAAUCUCACUCGUGAUGAAUCGGCUGCUUUAUUAUUAUAUACAAUGGAAGCUGAUGAUCAAAGUUUCUAUCUCAAGCUGAAUCAAAUAUUGAGAAAAGAAGAUCGAGAUGAGUUAAAGCCAUGGUUUGGCUAUCUCAAACUAUUCGAUACGGCACUGAAUAAGUUGCCUACGGUAAAAGGAAUCGUUUGGCGAGCUGUACCUGGCAAUGUGGCUAGUGAUUAUAGGAAAGAUCAACUAUUAACUUGGUGGACUAUUAGUUCUUGUUCAGCAUCAGCAGAUGUUGUCAAAGCAUUUUUAAAGCCCAAUGAAGAAUCAACGCUUUUCAUGAUUGAAGCUAUCAAUGGAAAAAAUCUGACUGGCUACACUAUGUAUCCGAAUGAACACGAAGUUGUAUUAGGAGUUGGCACUCAAUUACGUGUCAAAAGUAUCGGAUUUCAACAUGGAAAUCUGCAUUUGGUACAUUUAGAAGAAGUAAAUGACAAUUCAGAUAAUCAACAGGAUGAAGUAACUGCAUCUAUGGCUGCAAUACAUGCUGCACCAAAACCAUUAAAAAUUAUCAUUUUACCCAAAUCUCGUGAGUCACAAAUCUUUUUCUCUUGUUUUCAAUAG